GAAACCUUUAUUCCCCCAGGGUCCUCGGUACAGUUCUUCUUAUGACCCUGAGCCCAAUUUAAUUACAAUUGUUGAAUUAUUCAGCAACAGUCGAAUAUACCCAUAAUUGAACUUUUUUUAAUUAUUCGAAUUUUAUCCAAUAUGUGGACAAUAUUUGCAUCCUUGCUGUCCUUGGCUUGUACAGUUACGGCCCAAGUGCAGGGCUUCAACUAUGGAUCUACCAAUAACGAUGGCUCCUGUCGUGGCUACAACGACUAUGUUCGCUUCUUCAAUGAGGCCAAAAACUUGCCUGGAACUUCUGGCUUUGCAUCGGCACGCCUAUACACCUCCGUUCAAUGCGGCACAGCCGCCGAUCCAAUUGAGGCUUUCCGGGCGGCUAUAGAUACAGACACAUCCAUUGUGGUUGGUCUGUGGGCCAGUGCCGGUCGUGCUGCAUAUGAGAACGAGCUUAAUGCUCUGAUCCGAGGCGCUCAGCAACUCGGCACUGCAUUCACGGACCGCAUUAUCGGUAUCAGCGUCGGGUCCGAAGAUCUAUACCGUAGUAGUCCUCAGGGUGUCGCCAAUAACGCAGGGGUUGGCGCAACCGGCGCAGAGAUCGAAGGCUAUAUAGGCUGGAUGCGCGAUUGGAUCAGGGGCACAUUGCUGGAAACUAAGCCCAUUGGACAUGUCGAUACCUGGACAGCAUGGAUCCUGCCUGAGAACCGCGGAGUUGCAAAUUCGGUGGCUUGGCUUGGUCACAAUAGCUUUCCGUACUUUGAGACGACCAAGCCGAACUCUAUUGAUCUCGCUGCGGAAAAUUUCAGGACUGCCGUAAUCCAGACAGAGAGUGUAGCAAGUGGAAAGCCUGUCUGGGUUACCGAGACAGGUUGGCCGCACGUCGGCCCCGACUCUGGUGCAGCUGUUGCAUCUCUUGAUAACGCAAAGAGAUAUUGGGAUGAAGUCGGCUGCUCGUUGUUCGGCCAGAGGAACACUUUCUGGUAUACCUUGAAGGAUGCCAACACAGCGCAGACCGACAUUUCUUUCGCUAUCACGCCACUCGAGAACAACACUCCCUACUUUGACUUGGCAUGUUGAAUUCACUUGAUCUCGCUAUAGUUGGUAGAGCUAUAAUAUAUUAAUAAUGGGUAUACUCCGUCAUUGUCAAAUUAAAACUCAGGGCAUAAGUAUUUGUGUAGCAAUCGGUCCCCAAGCUACAACCAAGCCACUCAAUGAUAUUGUGCACGACAAGUAAUCAAA